AUGUCAGUGUGUUCAGCAGAAGAAUGUCCGAUUUAUGGACCAUUCUUUGGAGGAUUGGGUGCAGCAUCUGCAGUGAUUCUCAGCUCACUGGGAGCUGCUUAUGGGACAGCUAAAUCAGGAACAGGAAUCGCUGCAAUGUCAGUGAUGAGACCGGAAUUGAUUAUGAAGUCGAUCCUUCCAGUUGUUAUGGCUGGAGUGCUGGCAAUCUACGGACUAGUUAUUGCAAUUUUAAUAACCCAGGACAUUAAGAAACCUUCUGCUGGCUAUUCACUUUACCAGGCAUUUAUGCACUUAUCUGGUGGAUUAGCUGUUGGAUUUUGUGGAUUAGCGGCUGGAUUCGCUAUCGGUAUUGUUGGAGAUGCCGGUGUCAGAGGUGUCGCUCAACAACCUCGCCUGUUCGUCGGCAUGAUUCUAAUUCUAAUUUUCGCUGAAGUUCUUGGUCUCUAUGGAUUGAUUGUUGGUCUUUUCUUAGCAACAAAAACAUAA